AUGGUAGUUGCAUUGGCAGACGCUCUUAUGUUAUGCUCUGACGUUCCCGACAAAACUUCCGGAAACUCAGUAGCUGAAAGAAAGGACACAACAAAAUGGUGGUGUUGCGGAAAACAAAAGAAAGACAUCGAAGACUACGACAGUAAGAAAAAGAGUGAAGAAGAAGAAGAGAAAAAGAAGAAAAAAUCGGAUGGCUUCCUUCCACACUGGUGUUUAUAUAUAGCAUGGAUCCUGUGCAUCAUGGCUUCUUUUACAUCGGCUUUGUACACCUUAUUUUACAGCAUGAAGUGGGGACGAGAUAAAUCAAACCAGUGGUUUUUUUCAAUGAUCCUAACGUUCACCCAAGACACUCUCAUUAACCAGCCAGCAAAGGUGUUGUUCUUAUCAGUGGCUUAUGCCAUCUUCACAAGAAAGAGUGAUGAGGAAACAGAUGCCGAACAAGGAGUUGAAGACCCUCGGAAAGGUAAAGAUGAAGAGUGGCUUCAUGGCGACAUUUUGGACAACGACGACAGAGAAAAAGAACUGCUACGAUACAAACCUCCUGACGAAAGCAAGUUAAACGCCUUGCGAGAAACCAGAAUAAGGGAGAAAAAAUUAAAAAACAAAUUCAGCAAGCUGGGAGAUUACACUUUCGUCGUGCUUGUCCUAGUAUUGCUCAGUUAUGGCAACAGGGACUCAAAGUCGUUCAUGAUGAGAAACUCGAUGGAAAAAGAAUUCAUACAUCCCCUUACCGCAUCUUACCCCCAAGGAUUAACAGAUGUGAACAAUUUGCAGCUAUUCAUGACAUGGACGGAGAAAACCUUAAUUCCUUAUUUGUACGAACAUGAUUGGUAUAAUGGAGACAAGGUGACCAACAGAACUGGAUACACUUCAGGAAGACAGUCCCGUCGACUUGGACGGAUUCGAUUGCGUCAAAUUCGCGUCCAGAACGGUAGCUGUUCAGUGACAAAACUUCUGAAAGAAGUUAUCCACGAGUGCAAUCCUCCUUUUGAUAAAAAGCAUGAGGAUACCCGGAUUUUCAGUCCCGGAUGGCGCGCUGGUUAUCAACCCGCAGAAGACACUUUAGUGUACAAAAGAAGUGCAUCGGGGCAACUUUCCCCGUGGGCUUAUUUGGACCCCACGGAAUCGAACUCUUCAUUCAUGUUUUACGGUAGAAUCGCGUUUUACCCUGGCGGUGGUUACGUGGCGGAGUUUGGCGAUUCCUUGGAGGAAGCAACAGCCUUCGUGAAUUAUCUCAAGUCUACCCAUUGGAUUGACAAAUACACCAGAGCUGUCUUUAUUGAAGGAGCCAUAUACAAUCCUAACACCAACCUCAUCGGAGUCAUAGAGACUGGUGUGGAGGUAACGUCUGGAAAUGCUUUUAUACCGCGAGUUGAUUUUAAAAUCUUCAGACUAUUUGCCCGGCUGAAUCCUUCCUACGUCUUUAACUCAGUUUGUGAGUUGUUGUUCUUCUUGAUUAUCCUUUACACUCUAUACACGAUCAUCAAAGGCAUUUACCAGCGGAGGAAGAAGUACUUCUGUGAAACAGUGAGUCAGCUGGAUAUUAUUCUAUUUGUGGACGGUAUUGCUAUCGAAGUCGUGUAUGUUGUCCGAGAGAGCAAGCUCAGAAGUGCCGUGGCUACCCUUACAAGAGAUCAAGAAUGGUUCAUGAACUUCUCCGAGUGUGCCUCGUAUAACGAAGCACUCGUCAUCUUGUACGCGUUUGCGGACUUUGUCGCCAUACUGAAGUUCAUCCAUUUCUUAAGUUUCACGCGCGUUGUUCAACUUUUAUCAACCACUAUUGCAAAGUCUGUGGUUGAGCUUCAAUCCUUCGCCGUCAUGCUGUUUGCUAUAUACAUGGCGUAUUCUUCAAUGGCAUUCACAGUUUUCGCUCCUUACGUGGAAAACUACAGGUCUUUUUCUGCAACCCUGGCCUCUUUGUCAUGUCUUGUGAUGGGAGUUUUUGAUCAUACUGAUUUUACUUCACAGUCUGAUUACAAAACUGUGGGUUAUUUUUUCUUCACGACUUUUUCUGCGAGUAUGAUUUUCAUAUUUACAAACAUUGUUAUAACGGUCAUCAAUGGUGUGCACCAAAAUGUCUGCAGCGACGAGGAGCUCAAGAAAAACGAAGAUUCUUUUUUUAACAUAAUUUUGGACAGAGUUCUGAUUUUUACCGGGUUCAAAGGACCACCAAUCCGAGAAGAACCAGAAAUCGAAGAGCCUACUAUAGCGGAAAUACAAUGGAAUUUAAACAUAAACUAUAUAGAGAACAGUCAGUUAAAAAGGUUAAAAGGAUUGUUUAAAUCUAUUAACGAUUACGAUGAAAUAGAGGACAUAUCAUUGGUCAGAGCGUAUACGAAGACGUGGGAAUGUAAGACGAUACGUGAUACUGGUUACCAAGGAGACACAUCAAAGUCAAAUGCUGCUGAAAAAAUCAACGAUGAUGAACACGGGCGCACAAAUAACGCUGGCAUGAAGAGUCAAAGUCAAGGAGAGCUUGUGAAGAAAGAUGAGCAACAAUUGGAAAAUACAUCAUCUGUCGAGGCAAAAAAUAAUCCGGCCGAAACUUUAACUAAGUUGAUCGUCAAAAAAGCUGAAGAACUGAGCAGACUGGAGGAGCAAGGAGUUUGUGAUGAAAAAGAGAUAUUGCGUCGCGUAAAAGUGAUCGAGUGCCUUCAGGACUUGUUGAAGAAAUCCGUGGGAGACAAGGAUUCUGCGAAAUUGUUCUUAAACCAUGAGGAGGAAUCUGAAGUCUAAUCUGCAAAAAAUAUAGCGCAAGAAAUAGAAAGUCCAAAAAAAAAAGGAAUUAAUUUCGCAAUCACGAAGUAAAAUCGGAAUUGAUGACAAUUGGAGGUAAUGCAAACCCACACUCGGUGAUAAACUUCUGUGGGUCACUGUAGUACGUCAUAAUGAUGUCAGAAAGACUAUACAGGAAGAGACUCUUCUAUUGAUAUCAAAUUGAUGGUGAGCUGAACAUACUUGAAAAUAUGAUACCUCUCAGUUAGUAUGUGCACUAUGGUCGAUCAAUUCAGCGAGCUGUAUUUCACUGUAUGACCCUCUUCUUCAAAAGUUUGUUUGAACUGAGAUCUUCAGUCCCUCUUUAUUUGAACACAGAGAUAUAAAAAACUACCGGUAUCACGGUGAUAGUGUAGUCUGAUAGUCAGAGUGGAUGCAGUCCUUAGAAGGACUGUUGUCUGUGGUGGUGACUGGCGUUACGACAUCCGGAGCGGAAGUCGUCAUCGUACGAACUUCGUUUUUCUCAGUCCGCACUGUAAGUUACGGAACCUGUUUUUUUUUCGCUCGGAUUUAUGACUCAAGUGCGAGGCGAGCGGGUCAUAAAUCCGAGCGAGAACAACUCGGUCGGACCGAGAAAAAGAGGUUACUAAGUGGUAAGAAGGUAAAUUUUCUCUGAAAUAUGAAAAACCCUUUGUAAAACUUCUUGAAAUUGGAGUUGCAAAAUGUUUGUGCCUACUGGAUUAAGUUUUGUGUUAUCUGUCACAAAUUCUGUUCCAUCAAUGCAUCAUGAAACAGACCCUUUCCGCGUUGUCAUGCUUUCAGUUGUUAUCAAGAGCUGAUCAGGUAAAGAGACCCCCUUAAAAGCCUCACCCAUUCCAAAGGGAAUCUUUAUCAUGUUAUUUUUAGUCUCAAGGUAGCAGUUCCUUCGGGAUUAGAGUGGCAUGAAAAUGCGACUCGCAUGUGAUCGGAACAUUUCGGAUCCACUGAGGAACGAGGUGGAUGUCCA